AUGUUCACUUUUCUAGUGUUCGCUUUCAUUGCUUCCACAUAUGCCGACCUCUGCCCUUACAGCACUGGAAUGACUGAUCCUGUGCGAAAUGAGAUCUUGAAUGUGCACAACAAAUUCAGACACUCAGAUCGUAGCUCAAGGCAAAAUGCUGGUGAGAACAUUUUCAUGGCAAGCCCACCUGGUGACAAGGUCCUGAUGGCUAGAAGAGCCGCUUACGCAUGGGCUGGAGAGCUGAACCAAUAUGGUGUUGGUAAAGAAAACAUCUUUACAAUGUCUGUAGCAAAUCGGCGUGUCGGACAUUACACACAGGCUGUAAAAGCUAUAUUCAAACUUUGCCAUGUAUAUGGUGUAGUUGCGUACUAUGCACAAACUCCCGAAGCUGCGUAA